UUUACACGUAUCCACAAGACAACAAAAUGUUGUUUGGUGUUUUCAAUAUUUUGCUAUACAUGCAUAUCGCUUGUGCCAAAGCAAUUUCCGCAAAAAAUUUAGAGGGUUUCGGUGAAAUUUGAUACCGAAAGCACAAUUAUUAUCGGGAUUAUUAUUGUACAGUUUUAUACUUCCUGUGUGGGCAGAAUUCUAAGAAAAGAAGAGCCAAUUUCUUGUAUGAAGGCUUGGCGUGCUUAUUAUUAAUUUCAACAUUUCGUACACAGGACGCGUGUUUUCAGGGGUUUUGUUAAGCUUGUAACUUCACAAUGUCCUCAGACGGCGAACAUUUUAAUUUUGAUGCAAAUGCCAAUCAUUACGCACCACAGGAGGACAGACAUUCUCCACCAGCAUUAGAUGAAAGUCAUGAAACAGUGAGAAGACCUCCUUUGUUGACAAUCCCAAGGCAAGGCAGCGUCGACUUCACUCGCUAUGAGGAUAUACUGAAACAAACAAAAAGAUACAAUACAAUAUCGGAUAUUCCAUAUCAUAUAAUUAGCGAGGUUCAUGAUUUGUUGAACAUUAAAAAGGAGAAUCGCAUGGAUUGGCGCAAUGUUGCAUCAAGAAUGGGUGUGAAACCAACAAUUAUAGAAAAAUUCGAAAAAGAAAUAGGGAACCAAGAAGAUGAAAAUCACAAGGGCCCAUCUCAAAGAUUAUUCAAAGAAAUAUCUGAUCAAAAGAUCACAAAACUUCUGCAAGUUUUAUACCAAAUGAAUCGUCAUGAUGUUUUAAAUGUAUUUCAUGAUGAUAUGUGUGAACAAUCCAGUACUGCGUUGGAAAGGAGAGAAAAUUUCAAAAAAUAUAAAAACCCUAGCCAAGAAACCACACCUGUUAGUGGAUCAUCUACUAGUGAGUUCAUGCCAUCUCCCUGCACACCAAAAAGUCCUUACAAAGAUGCUGGUACACCCAGUAGUGCAGAGCGCCCAGACUCUGGAGUGGGCAGUUUAAGAUCACCACCUUUUGAGAAAAGAGAGAAAAGUGGAAGUUUUGCAAAGCAACAUACAGAUGAUAAUUUAGCUCCUCGUGUACAAUCAUCAAUAAGCUUCCACACAUCAGAAUCUGAUCAUUUUUGGCGUUCAAUACCACCAAUCCCCAAAGCAACAACAAAGGAGUGGAGAAAAUUUGAGGAGUUGUUGAAAAAAGAGUUUAAGGAGGAAAGCCAGAAAAGCCAGAUCAUGAGAUUUAUUUGCUAUGUUUUAAAGAUUGAGCCUUAUGAGGAACGGCACAAUAAAUAUGUCCAUGAUCGUGAUUUUGCCAACCUGGUAGCCUGGUUUGGUCCAAUUAAAACUGGCAAUGAUGGUCUUUUUUACAAGAUUGCUGACUUGAUGAAAAAAUCUACUACCUACAAAACUAACACUGGACCACACAGCUUCUUCGCUGGAUAUAUGACCAAAGAAGAUGCAGAUCAGCUCAUAGGCAAUGCAGAAAAAGUUGGAACAUAUUUGAUCAGAUUUAGUUCAACGUAUGCAGAUACAGGGUCAUUUGUUGUUUGCUUAAAAUCAGACACUGGUCCAGAACAUGUGCUUCUUCAGGGCAACCCAGAGACGGGCAAGAUCUCCUAUGAUGGUAAGGACUAUGAUGAUCUAGUUCAACUUUGGAGAAGAGGACUAUGCAUGGGUAAAGUGUCGCAAGACAGAAAAACAUCAUGCACAACAAUAUGCCCAAACCUACCUCUAAAUGCUAUGUUUAAACCCUAUGGUGCUGGUCCUAGCCAAUCCCAGCCUGCUGGCAGAGGGAGGGGGCGAGGAAGAGGACAGGAACGUUAGAUAAACAAGAUCUAUUAGACUGCAGCAAUAAAAAUUGAGGUCCUACUUGAUCAACUAAAACUAACCACUAAUGGCACUGUAUUGUUAUAACAUUGUGCAUAGUUUGUAAAGUUAUGCUGUUUCAUGCCAAGGAAUUGAUCUGGUAAUUGAAACAACAUCAGAUUUACAGUACAGUUAUCUAUUUGUUUUACAGUAGAAAAGUUCAUGCACUUGUAAAACUCAAUAGUGCAUAACCUGUGAUGGUUUUAGAAUGCGAGGGUUUUUGAAUCGUAAUCUUUUUUUAGCAAAUGUACAUGCCAAUUCCUAGAAUAGAUUUUAAAUCAGCCAGGUAAUGUUUGUACUUAAGUGAUUAGUAAAAAUUUCAUUUGCA